AUGCACCCGCAGGCAGUUCGAGAAGUCCCAUGGAAGUUUAGUAAAAGCAAGCAAACGAGGAGAAGGAUAAGAGCGUGGUCAACACAUUGGCUUGUUGCAAGCAUCCGCGAGCUAGGCUUAAAGCAUAUCGAGACUCCGAUCGAGAUUAAGUGCAAGGAUCAAUGUGCACAAGAGGCUGGGCCUACAACCCGAUGUUCACGCCCGCUUGGGCCUUUAGAGAAGCGUUCAUGCGAGACUAGGCUCCUAGAAGAUCAGCCUCACGGUCAUUCCAUGAAGUACGAGAAGAAAGACGCUCACCUGCUCGGUCCGGAGGAGCCAACUCACGAAUACAAGCUACUGAGGGUCCCAUGCAAGCUUAGUCCACCAAUAAGUCGAGCAGGCAUGACAGUCGACGUGAACUGCAAACCAUGCGGGCAGAAGAUGUUGAGACUUAAAGAUUGGAGGAGAUUUUGA